AUGGCCGAGUGCGGGAGCUACAAAGCCACCAACGCUCUGACUCCGACAGCUUUGUCCCCUCCGUGUCCCCAGCAGGAAGGGCAGCUCUGCCUCCUGCCCAUGCCACCCAUCCCCACCGGCCCUGCGCCCGUUCCCACCCAGGGACGUUGGAAGUCCCAAGAGGAAUGGGGCUCCAUUGAUUGUAUCCAGCUCAUCAGCGAGGAGCACGUGGUGUCGGGUGCCGAUGACGGGUCUGUAGCCCUGUGGGGGCUGGCGAAGAAGAAGCCGCUGGCGCUGGCCCGGCAGGCGCACGGCAUGCAGGACGCCCAGGGCCUGCAGCAGCCGUACUGGAUCUCAGCGGUGGCUGCCCUGCGCAACAGUGACCUCCUGGCUACAGGCUCCCACAGUGCUAGUGUGAAGCUCUGGAAGUGCAGUGAGGGAUUUCGGAAGCUGGAGCCCCUCUGGGCUAUCCCGUUGGUGGGUUUUGUCAACAGCCUCGAGUUCUCGGCAGCCGGUGACUUCCUGGUGGCCGGCCUCGGGCAGGAGCACCGGUACCGUCCCCCUUCCCCAGCGCUGGCUGGGGGCACAGCCUCCACUGCCUCGAGGGCUCGGUGGAGGGUGACCCCCAUCUCUCUCAUCUGCAGGCUUGGCCGGUGGUGGAGAAUCAAAGAAGCCAAAAACAGCAUCUGCAUCAUCCCCCUGAAGCGGAGGGCUACAGCCCCCAGCUCCCAUGUCCCUGACAGCUCCUAGCCCGCUGGCCCCGGAGCCGCUGCACCUGGGUCGUGAAACCCUGGUCCCUGGUGCUGCGCCCCAUGUCCUUCGUGCAACCACCCUCCUGGGGCCGGCAGCGCCGGAGCGGGGGAUGGCGCGUGGCCCCCUGACCCUGCUGGCACCCAGAUCAUGCUGCGGCUCUGCCCUCUGUGAGGGUCUGCCCUCUUCCCUCAGCUUUGGCCAGACCUGAGCUCUGGAGGACUCUGUUUUAAAAUAAAUAAAUAAA